AUGAGACAAACCGAUGGCUUCGGCAGGAGGGCGGGAAUGUGGACAUGGUUGCGCCUCCUGACGCGGAACGACGUAAAGGUCCGUCUGGAUGCGGAAACUGUACCGCGGCUGCAAAGAGACUGGCAUGUACGACGUGAAAGUGUGCACUUACCGCAUGUGAAGCAGAAUGUGAAUGUACCGAGCCGACGAUGGAACAACUUAAAUAGAGCCGGAUUGUCCGCGAAUGUUUUGCUUCGCGACAUGCGAAAAAGCGAAGAUUCACAAGCGGAAGUCUGGCAGACCAACUGCCCGCAUCGCUUCACACAAACGCACGCUUCCUCGUUGUCUGUCCCUUUGGCUGUCGGAACGACAAACCGAGGCUGCUCACGCCCCAGUUGGCAGAUGAUACUUUUCUGCUCUGCCGGAAGUGGAGUCAGGUUGGUUGAGAAACGAGGAGUCGAACAGCGCAGAUCGGAUCGGCCCGACGAACUGGAAAGAGGACGCUGA